CUCCAAACAUAACCUUAAAAUUUAUUUACAAAAGUUUGUGCCAUAUUUUGAUUUCAACUUUUUAAACUGAUUCCACCGAAUAAAUACAAAACAUGGCUAAUAUUGCUUUAAGCGAAGCUGAAAAAACAUUUAUUCUUCAUGGUGUUGAAGAGGAUUUCCGUUGUGAUGGUCGUUCGAGAUGUGACUAUCGUCCGAUGGAACUUGAAACCGACGUGGUUAGCAAUGCGAGUGGUUCAGCGCGCCUUAGAUUAGCCAAUACAGAUGUCUUGGUUGGCGUUAAAACAGAAAUUGAUGUUCCAUCAUUUCGUACUCCUGACAAAGGAAAAAUUGAAUUUUUUGUUGACUGCUCAGCAAAUGCAACUCCUGAAUUCGAAGGACGUGGUGGAGAAGAUCUGGCACUUGAGUUGGCAUUUACACUUGCCAAUUCCUACGAAUCGUCUCUAGCUUUCGAUCUGAAAUCCCUUUGCAUUCUUCCAGGGCAACAAUGCUGGAAACUUUAUGUUGACAUUUUGAUUUUAGAAUGUGGAGGCAAUCUGUUCGAUGCUGUUUCCUUAGCCGCAAAAGCUGCUCUUAACAAUACAAAAAUACCCCGAGUGACAGCAGCUCUAAUGGAUGCAGGUCAAGCUGAUUUGAUUAUAUCCGACGAUCCUUACGAUUGCACCCGGAUUGACACCGAUUGCGUUCCGAUAGUCGUAACCGUUUGUAAGAUUGGUGAUUCCUGCAUAGUGGAUCCAUCGGCCGAAGAGGAAGAAUGUAGUUCGGCUAGUGUAGUUGUUGGAGUUUCGAGACGUGAUGGAAAAAGUUACAUUUCUAAUAUUCACACAGUUGGUAAUGGUUCUUUACAUAAGGAUACUAUGUUCAAUUGUAUCCAACUUGGUCUUUCUGCUGCUGAAUCUUUAAAUGACGAACUUAUGAAGGCACUUAAAUUGGAGGAGCAAAGAUGUGGCAGUGGAAGGAAAGAAGUUGUCGGUUUUUUAAGAUAAAACAAUAAAAAUGAUUAUUUGAUAA